AUGGUUUCACCUUCAAAUUUCGAUCCAUCUGCUCAGCCUUUCAAUGUUUGUCGGCGAUUUGGUCAAGGCGUAUUAACCCUGGAUACUCGUACCGAUGGAUCAAGUCGCUGCGACGGGUUCAAAAUUUCUGGUGCCGGGAGUGGGACGUACAACUAUUACUUCUUAUUAUUAUUACUGUUACUGCAAUUAUUAUUAUUAUUAUUACUAUUAUUAUUAUUAUUAUUAUUAUUAUUACAAUUGUUGUUAAUAUUAUUAUUAUUGCUACUGUUGCUAUUGUUACUAUUAUUAUUAUUAUUAUUAUUAUUAUUAUUAUUAUUAUUAUUAUUAUUAUUAUUAUUAUUAUUAUUAUUAUUACUAUUAUUGUUAAUUUUAUUAUUAUUGCUACUGUUGCUAUUGUUACUAUUAUUAUUAUUACUAUUGUUAUUAUUAUUAUUACUAUUAUUACUAUUAUUAUUAUUAGUACUAUUAUUAUGGGGUGGAUAUAGUCAAUCAUGGUCCUGCUGCGACUACACGACCGAUGACUACAGGACCGAUGGUUCGAAAUCGCCCCGAGGUCAUCCAGGCUCUUCAUUCAUCUAG